GUGGCUGACUGGCCCACCAACAGAGUAAAGGGUGGGCUGGGCAUCCGAGCAGAGUCGAGAGGUCGCGGCGGUCUCCGGGCCCGGGGGGGGGGGGAGAUGGUCUCCCUAGGGCCGGGGCCCUUGGUCGGCGUGGCCGGCUGCGUUCUAAAGGAAUCCAGCCUCCCCAGCAUGGAGCGCUGGCGGGGCCGGCUGGCGCUGGUGACGGGUGCUUCCUGCGGCAUCGGCGCGGCCGUGGCCCGGGCUCUGGUAAAGAGCGGACUGAAGGUGGUGGGGUGCGCCCGCACCGUGAGCAACAUCGAGAAACUGGCUGCUGAGUGUCAGAGUGCUGGCUAUCCAGGGAUGCUGGUCCCCUACAAAUGUGACCUGUCUCAUGAGGAAGACAUCCUAUCCAUGUUCUCAGCAGUCCGAAGUCAACACAAAGGGGUAGACAUCUGCAUCAACAAUGCUGGCCUCGCCCGGCCUGAGCCCCUACUCAGUGGCCAGACCAGUGGCUGGAAAGAUAUGCUGAAUGUGAAUGUGUUGGCUGUCAGUAUCUGUACCCGGGAGGCUUACCAGUCCAUGAAGGAGAGGAGUGUGGAUGAUGGACACAUUAUCAACAUCAACAGCAUGUUGGGUCACCGGGUGCUAGCCCAGUCUGAUAUACACUUCUACAGCGCAACCAAGUUUGCCAUUACAGCACUGACUGAGGGCCUUCGGCAGGAACUUCGAGAGGCCAAUACCCACAUCCGAGCCACAUGCAUCUCCCCUGGGUUGGUGGAGACAGGAUUUGCCUUCAAACUUCAUGACAAAGAUCCUGUGAAAGCAGCUGAGACCUACGAGCACAUCAAGUGUCUCAAACCUGAGGAUGUAGCUGAAGCUGUCAUCUUUGUCCUCAGCACCCCACCACAUGUCCAGAUUGGAGACAUCCAGAUGAGGCCCACGGAACAGGUGACAUAGCAUCUAAUUGGGAGCUGAGCCUAGGGGAUGGACCCCUAUCGCCUGGCUCCUAAAUCUGGAUUGUAGGUGUUACCUUUUAACCCCUGGACUCAAUCUCCUUCUUCUGCUCCCAGGACUAAAAAGAAAAAAAAAUUUUUUUUGUAAUCUCAAAUCGUUUCAGAUGCAGAUGUGAUUUACAGAUUGAAAACAGGGUGGUGGGUGGUAGGGUGGUUCCUGCCUAUUUUACUUCGGAAUUUGUUACCCUUUACUCAUUGUUUGGGCUUGUUGACCUUUGUCCUCUUACCUUAUCUCUUUUCCUCCUUGGGAAAGAGGCCAAGAUCAGAAGCAGUACUUACUGAUCCCUCUCUUCACCAUGCCUCUUCCCCAGGGUCUGGGAACAGGCCCUCAAAUGUGGCUUUAGGCUUCCUUCAUUUCCCUUUAUUCUUUUUCUUCCUACCAAUUUUCCUUCUUCCCUUAUUCUCUGACCCUGGACCCUGGAGAGAUUAUUCCACACUGGUCACAGCAGGAGGACAACAUCAGGGCCCUGUCUCCCAAGAGGUUUUUCACUUCAAGAAUUAAAAGAAAAAAACCAAA